AUAGCCAUAGUCGUGCCCCACGGUCAUCCUGACAUGUUGUUUGUCAUCAACAACCAUACUGCAGAACUUUGACCUGUAAUUACAUAAAAUAAUUAAAAUGUUAUUGCUAUUGGAGAAGACGCACUCAGUGCGCUCAAGUUGGCAAUCAAGUAUUCCUCGUUGCCACCAAUUAGUAUUGCCAUCCAAUGCCAUUUAUAGCUUAUUUGGUGCCACCGAGGGUCUUUAUUGCCAACAUAGUGCCUUCAAAGGGCUCAUUAUUACCGUCAAAGGACUUAUUAUUGCCAUCAGAGGGCUCAAUAAUGCCAUCAAAGGGUUUAUUAGUGUCAUCAAAGGGUUCAAUAGUGCCAUCAAAGAGCUCAUGGUUGCCAUCAAAGGGCUUAUUAUUGUCAUAAAAUGGCUCAUUAUUUUACCUUAAGAUUUCUGAAACGUAAAUGAUAUUAUGUGUUCCAAUCCCGCAACUCCUUCAUAUGGACGUUUAGAUCUUCCAGUAUGUAAGUCUUCCUUAAUCCUAUAUCUAUCACUUGAAAGAACCUCUAUUAUUUUAAAUGGACCCCUAAACUUAGACAGUAACUUUUUACUUUCUCCCGUUGCAGGUUUGCUAAUGACUUUUGUGUACCAAAUCUCCUUCUUUAUACAUAUUCGGUUGGCUUCUUUUCUUAUUAAAUGUAAUAUCUUGUUUGAUCCUAUUUUGUUCUAGUCGCUUUGCUGCCCUUUUCCUAAUGGUUGUAACGUCUACAUUAUCUUCGCUCUUAGAGUCGUGGAUGUCAUUAUUCGUCUUUAGAGGAAAUCCAAAUAACUGUUCGGCCGGGGUGUAGUUUGUGACGCGCUGUUUUGUACUGUUAAUGCCUUGUUGAAUAAUGAUUACUUUUGAGUCCCAGUUAUUUACUGUUCGU